ACCGGACGCAGCCACAUACACAUGCGAGGGCAGCCCAGCCACCCCGAGUCGGACACCGCUGUUGCGUGAGUACAUCGGGCUCACGCGCCUGCGUUGACAUAUCCCGGCAUUUCGUGUAUUGUUUUACCAUCUUGAUCUUUGUGGUGGACAGGAACAGCGCCCGCUCUAACUGCAUUCUCACAAUUGUCAUCUGAGCGAAGAAGGGACGGUACCCGAUAUAUUCUCGACCACAGCGGAACCGACGAUGUGAUCCUGCGUCGCGGAGCUGUACCAGUCACUGCGCCUCGGCCGUAUUUGGCCAGAGUUGCCAUUGAAUUUGCCUCCAUUUCAAUACCGUAGGUCUGGAAACGGCCCUGGCAGUCGACAGAUGUCGUGGUAUAAUCAAAUCGUAUAUAAGCCUGCUGCCCUCCACGCGUCCUCCCGGCUGGCUUCACGGGGCCAUCCACAGUGGACUUGCACUUUCUUGUCUCCUCGCCCUCAGAAAUGGCUGACCUAGAAAUGUCGAAGGAACGCAUCUCCUGCGAUGCCCCGACCCUCGUGGAUCCCCAGGAUAUACCUGAACCGGCCAUCGACCGAGCUAAAGACGCAGUCGAGGGGGGCGUUGAAGGAUGGCUUACAGUUCUCGGGGCAUUCCUGUUGCUUUUCUGCAGCUUCGGCCAACUCAACGCUUUCGGGACGUUCCAGGCGUAUUAUGCAGAUCACCAGCUCAAGCAUAUGUCUCCAUCGGCCAUCUCCUGGAUUGGCUCUUUGCAACUAUGGAUCUUCUUUUUCUCUGGCGGCUUCAUAGGCAGGCUAUUCGACGAGUACGGUCCGCGGGUCCUCAUGUUGCCGGGCACGCUGCUCCUCGUCCUCAGCAUCAUGAUCACCAGCGUAUCAUCUUCGUACUACGAGUUUCUUUUCAUCCAAGGCUUCCUCUUCGGUCUCGGGGUCGGCCUAGUAUUUUACCCCUCCCUUGCGGCCGUCUCGACGCACUUCAGCCGCUACCGUGGAACCGCCCUGGGGAUAGCCAUCGCGGGGUCCGGUGCUGGCGGGUUGGUCUAUCCCAUCAUGUUCCAGCGACUCUUCUCGGAGGUGGGGUUCGGUUGGGCCGUCCGGAUUUCCGGGUUCUUCUGUUUCGCCCUAUGCGCGGUGGCACUGGCAUUCGUCACGAGGCGAAAGCCUGAACAAAAGCAGCCACGACCGUGGUUCGACCUCAAAUUACUGAAGGACACCCGCUUCAUGCUCGUCGUUGGUUCCAGCUUCUUCAUCUCCUUCGGUCUCUUCGUACCCAACUUCUACAUCGUCGAGUACGCCACGGCGCGCGGCGUCUCCUCCACGAUGGCCUUCUACGUGCUCGCCAUCAUGAACGGCGCGAGCAUCUUCGGGCGGCUCGCCCCGCCUUUCCUCUCCGACGCGCUCGGACGGUUCAAUCUGAUCGUCCCCUGCGCCUUCUUCUCCGGCCUCUUGGCGCUCGCGCUCUGGACGACCGCACGCGGGCUCCCCGCCAUCAUCGUCUUCUCCGUCCUCUACGGGUUCGUCUCCGGCGGGUUCAACGCGCUCAUCAUCCCGUGCGUCGUGCAGAUAUCCGGAGCGCAUGAGAUCGGGACCAGAGUGGGGAUGCUGUAUACCCUCAUUUCUUUCUCCUCGAUGGGCGGUGGACCGGCCGCCGGUGCCCUGUUGCACACCAUGGGAGGCUCAUUCACCGGCGUUGCUGCCCUCAUCGGUGCAAGCAUGAUCUUCGGCUCUUUCCUCCUGCUAUGGGCAAGACUCUCCAUCAAACCAAAGAUUUGGGCUCGUGUAUGAGCCUAGCCUCCGUGAUUUUCAAGUUCGACUGCACUUUAAUGACCUCGCACCCUGCCUUGUAGCUAUACGUACUUACAGUUUUACGUUUUAUGUCUUACGCUUCUCGCGCUGUUAUCGACUGCGCAUCUUUCACGACUCUUGCAUAGCACAACAAUUAGAUACAAUGACCAUGACCCGACAAUGCCCCGUUAAACAAGUAGCAGUAGCAAUAGUAGUUCAAGUAGAUACCCCGUAGAGUAGACAUACAUAGUUCAGUACGUCCGGAAUGCCAGUGAACGAGAUACUUAUGAUUCAAUUCGCUCGUAACAUUCCACGCGGA